AUGCAUUUUAUUUGUCAUAGUGACAGCUGUGAAAUUUUUUGGUUAUAAUUCACACAAAAAUAUUUAUUGGCAACUUCCAAAUAUUUAGAUAAACAAUAUCUGCGAAGAUGUUCCAAGUUCCUUGUGAUGUUAUAUAUUCGAAGGUUUUUUCAGAGCUCUAAUUUGUUUGUGUUGUGCAGUAUAUUACUUGCUGUAGGAUUUUUAUUCCAGUGCAAAGUCCUGUAUCAGGCUUAUCAGAAACGUUUGCGUUUCAACGAAUAUAACGAAAUGAUUGACGAAAUGACACAUAGUUUACAGGCAAUGGAGAGUGCUAUCAACCGAACUGACGAUAUGAUGAGAAUUCUGAAGAGGACAGUAAGAAUUAAGUCGAGGAAGACGUUGCGAAUUACUACGCAAACAUACAAAUCACAAAACGCCCAGCUCUAGUUAAAUUGGUAAAUUUUGAGCGGUGAAAAUUUUUGCACAAGUAACCUUGGCUUCAGCCCUUCAGUAGAUAGAACAAAAGAUGAGAAAUAAAUGAAGUUGUUGCCACAAUUUGUUAUUACCUUAGAGUAAUGUGUUUCUUUCCAUUGAAUAUUUUGUGAUCGAUAGUGUAGGCUGUUCUUAUUAGGAAAUUAAAAACUUAUAUUUUUAUAUUUUCAUUUAAACAUGGAAUUCAUAGUGCGUUUUCAUACGUUUAUAAUUGAAAUGUAAUUCAGUUGUUAAAGAUUCAGUUACUCCAGUUCAACGAUUGAUUUCAUAAGUUUGCUCAACCAUCUAUACUUUAUAUUAGUGUCAGAUCAUUAUAGCUUAUGAAUAUCAUAUAUCAUUUCUAUUGGCAAAAAACAAAUUUCAUAACAUGCGAAAGGUAAUGUUCCUUAAUAAUGAGACAAAACUCGAAAUCAACCAUGUAUUGUUGAAAUUACAAUAAUAAAUAUAUAUUUAUCUACAAAUUAAUAAUACCUUACAUUAACCAAUGUAAAUCAAAUUCACAAUAAAAUAUAUACAUCCAUUUGUUUGUCGUUUGUUCAUGAUUAUCACAUCAUUAUCUUGAACGAAAGCACAAAUUUGAGACUUUUUCGAAUAUACAAGAAAGUAUAACAGCAGAAUUAUCUUCUGCCGAAGUAGGAUGUGAUUUCAUCAAAUUUCGUAAAAGGAAGGUAAAUUAAGAAAGGCACAGAGGAAUCGAAAGUGCUUGUAAAAUGGUUCAUUGACGAAGUACUUUAAUUGUUAAGGUAUUAAUUUUUAGGCCGGAUGAGACGGUGCGGACAUCAAACUAAAAGUUAAACAAUUUUGUGAAUAAAUUAUUUUAUGUUUUUGGUAUAUAUUUCAAUAUUGAGAAAAAAUUUAAGAUGCCCAUAGCUCCGAAAUCAUCCGUCGAAUUUUUUGUCACUGCGCCCAUCCCAAUAGUUUGAGGUUUUAUAAGUAAUAGAUACACAAUUAACACAAUGGAAUUUGUGAUGUUUGAACACUAAUUAACAUGUCAGAAUUUGGUGACCCCGUUAAUAUUCCAUCAGCAUGCGGUAAACGGUAAAACGCUGGUUUUUUUAACGUUAGAUGUCCGGCAAUUGCGGUUAACAUACAUGCAUAGUUUCUAGCGAUGAUGAGAAUCGCUUCUUCUAGAUUUUUUCUGUUAGGGUUUUUUUUUCUCAAGUGUAAGGCAAUAGACGAUGCGGAUUUCAAAGUCGAUAACUGGAAGUUCCACUUCAUACCUGGCACUGGCAUGGGGUUAUUCAUGGCUCUAGCGUUGCCUUUAGGGGGCCCCUACAAAAAUGCUUAUCUGGCCUACAAUUUCGAAGCAAAUUACCUGGUACCUGGAAAUGAGACGUCUUUCGAAUAUCCACCUCUGUUAGGGAGAAAUAUCGACAGAACAUUGAUUUAUAAAGCUUUGGAGACCAAACUACGAUCAAUUGGAUACAUGGGAAAACCAUGUCUACUGAGAAUAAUAUGUGAACUGGCUUCUUCACAUACCAUUCUUCACGCAAAUGGCAUUCUAGGUGAUAUAUUACAUGUUGUAUUCACUCCGUCUUCGUCGAAAAAUCCUGAUUUGGAAGAAGAUUACGAAAAGGCCGAAGAAGUUGGCAGACAAGUGGGAAAUUGUUCGAAAUUUUCGAAAAAAUGCAGGACAAGUUUUCUAGAUAUUGUGACUUGGCUCGGCAACUCCAUUCAAAAAGAUGGAAAUGAACAAUAAAAUAUGAACUGAU